CCUCUUAAGAAAAAGUAUUUAUUACCUAAUGCUCCCUAUAUUAAGGCAUUGUGUCUUGACUAACUUUAUCCCAUUACACUAAGGAGAGAAAGAGAGAAAGAGAGAGAGAUGGGUACUUCUUCUUAUGAUGUUCUUCAUUAUCUUCCUUCAAUGACAGCUUUGUUCUUUGGUUUGUAUACAAUUAUGAUGAUGCCAGAGCUUGUCACAUGCAGAACAAGGCAUUACACGUUCAACAUAAGGAACCAAACCGUGACAAGAUUGUGCCAUACGAAGACCAUUAUUUGUGUGAACAAUAAAUUUCCAGGCCCUCCAUUAAUAGCAAGAGAAGGAGAUAGAGUUAUUGUCAAGGUCGUCAAUCAUGUUUCCAACAAUAUUACCAUACACUGGCACGGAAUUCGGCAACUGACGAGUGGAUGGGCUGAUGGACCGGCAUACGUGACCCAAUGCCCAAUACAAACGGGUCAGAGUUAUUCGUAUAAUUUCACCAUCACGGGCCAGAGAGGUACUCUUCUUUGGCACGCUCACAUCUCUUGGCUCAGAUCCACUGUUUAUGGGCCCAUUAUUAUUCUUCCUAAGCGCAAUGAAUCUUACCCCUUUGCCAAGCCUUACAAGGAAGUACCGAUUAUAUUAGGAGAGUGGUUUAAUGUAGACCCAGAAGCUGUGAUUAACCAAGCACUUCAAACUGGAGGGGGACCCAAUGUUUCGGAUGCUUACACUAUUAAUGGCUUCCCUGGGCCAUUGUACAAUUGUUCAUCAUCUAAUGACACAUUCAAGCUGAGAGUGAAGCCAGGAAAGACAUACCUACUCCGGUUGAUUAACGCUGCACUUAAUGAUGAACUAUUUUUCAGCAUAGCAAAUCACAGUUUCACCAUUGUUGAAGUUGACGCUUCCUACACCAAACCCUACCAAACCACCACACUCCUCAUCACCCCAGGCCAAACCACCAACAUCCUACUCACCACCAAACCCUACUAUCCCAACGCUACCUUCCUCAUCGCUGCUAGCCCCUACUUCACUGGCUCCGGAACCCUCGACAACACCACCACAGCCGCCAUACUCCAAUAUCACCGCCCACCCAACAGCACAACAAGUACUCAAAACCUCACCACUUACAAACCAUCUCUCCCUCCUUUCAAUGCCACCAAAUUCGUCAACGUAACCCAAUUCGUCGCCAACUUCACCAGCAGCCUACGUAGCUUGAACUCUGCUAAGUUCCCGGCAAAUGUCCCUAAAACUGUGGAGAAGAAGUUUUUGUUCACCGUUGGACUCGGGACCAGCCCUUGUCCUAAGAACACCACGUGUCAAGGUCCCAAUGGACAGAAGUUUGCCGCGUCAAUCAACAAUGUGUCUUUCGCGCUACCCUCGAUGGCACUUCUGCAAUCCUACUUUAACAAAAAGUCAGUCGGAGUUUACACGAGUGAUUUUCCAGCAAACCCUGUUCAGCCAUUUAAUUACACUGGGACGCCGCCGAACAACACGAUGGUGAGUAAUGGGACCCGGUUGGUGGUGUUGGGGUUCAAUGCGAGCGUUGAGGUGGUGAUGCAAGACACGAGCAUUGUGAGCGCAGAGAGCCACCCUCUUCAUCUUCAUGGGUUUAACUUUUUUGUGGUGGGUCAAGGGUUUGGGAACUUUGACCCGAACAAGGAUCCAGCUAAGUUUAAUCUAGUUGACCCGGUUGAGAGGAACACUGCUGGUGUUCCUUCCGGUGGUUGGCUCGCUAUACGGUUCUUUGCAGACAAUCCAGGAGUGUGGUUUAUGCAUUGUCAUUUAGAUAUACACACGAGCUGGGGGCUAAGAAUGGCAUGGAUUGUGUUGGACGGACCCAACCCUAAUCAAAAGUUACCACCGCCGCCUUCUGAUCUUCCAAAAUGUUGACUUUAACUUUGACCAAAUAAUGGUCCGGACCAUUUUCAUCUUGAGUUUUCUUUUUUCGUUUUUAUUUAUUUAUUAUUUGUGUACACAUGUUGAUUGGUUGGUUGAGAAAAUAAUUCAAAAUUAUCAUCAAAUAUUCUAUAUGCUUUGUAAAUUCACGCAUCAUAUUCAUUCAAUUUGAUCUUGUUCGGUCAUUCUAAAUAAAAAAUAAAUUUAAGUAGUCAGUGUGGUACAAAAUGAAGUAAAUGAAUGCUACACAUUAAAUUAUACGCUAAGGGAUACCUUAAGGUAUAAAAUAUUACAAGAUGAGACAUACUACUAUCAGGGCCGGUCCUGAAAAUUUAUGGGCCCAAGACGAAUUAAAUUUUGGGGCCCUCAAAAAUAUAUCAAAAAAAGAGUGUCAUGGGAUUUGAAUAGGCAUGGCAAAAAGAUCCAUUCAUUCGGAUCGGAUCAGUGAUUCGAUCCGACGGAUCAUUACUGAUCCGAAACAUUCGGAUAGUUAUUGGAUCUUGGAUCAGAUCCGACCCGCCCCGCUUAAAUUUUUUACGAAUCGGAUCUGACCCGAUCCAUUUUAAAUUUUUUUUUUUUUUAAAAAAAAAUUUACUUUUUAAUAUAUAUAUAUUUUUUUUUUAAAAAAAAAAGAAAUUUGAAUCUACCCUAAAUUAAAUCCCAAUUUCACCAAAUCUCAUUUUCUUCUCCUCAUUUUCCCGAGAAAAUCCAAAUUCCUCAAACACCCAGGUGUCUCUCGUCUGAUUUUAGGGUUUCUUUCCGUAAAAUCAAAACGUAUUAUGUUUCUCUCAUCAUCAGUUUAUUGUCUUCCUCUCACGAACCCGGAACCACUGCACUCCACCUCUCCCACCGGGCGACCGGCCGCCAGUCUCACUGCAUCGCCAUUUCAGUUCAGAUUUUUCUUCUUUUCAGGUGUUUGCAUCAUUGGAUUCUACCUGCUUGAUCAAAUUGAUUUUUUUUUUUUCGCUUUUCAAGACUGAUAGUGAAGUUGAGGUACAAGAUCUGCUUGAUAAUCUUGGACUUAGAGAUAAGCAACAAUUUGCUUACAGUCUGUCAAAUUGCGAGAGCUGCAGUUACUUUGGCCACAGGACUAUCGAAGAAGGCAGGGGCUGAGGCUACUCUAUAGUUUACUUAAUCACGUAAGCUUGAUGGCUAGAAUUUCGGGAUUCGCGAGCCUUGGACCUAAGACCAAGAACUUUGUAGUUCUUAGGUGGAUUGACAUCAUUCGUCUUUGGGGUAUAUUUCUACACAAUGAGGGCUGUGGGAGGUACAGAUGAGCUGCAAGUGGCCAUAGAUAAGUUUGAGGAUCAGAAGAACAAGAAAGAGGUUGAACCAAAUUUGCCAUCUAAAGCUUAAUAACAUGUUUAAUUGUACUUCGUUUGUUGUCUAAAACGGAAAUAAGAUUUUCUCGAUACUCUUUCUUUACAAUAAGCUUUUUUUGCUGGCGUAAUAUGUAAUAUUUCUUCAUUAAAUGUCUAACACUACAGAAAUUUUGUUCACUUACAUGCCAAGCACAUAUUAUUUUUAACCU